GUUUUUUAUAAAGAGACGACCAGAUUCACUAAAAUCCCUUCAUUUCUCAGCCACACUUAGCUUGGCUGUCUUCUGACCCAAACGUCAUCCCAACCGGGCUAGCAACCUAAGUGUAAUGCCUAGGUAUACCCGCCUCUUCAAUACUUCAUCACCGCCCAACCUUGUAAAUAGCUGCACAACAACAACACCAGAUACCAUAGACCAAAAUUAAUCAUGAAACUUUCCAUCAAUCUCAUCAGUUUGCUUUUCUGCAGCACUUUUGUUGCUGCGGAGGGCUUGUCGUUCUUUGGAAAUGGUCAAAAAGUCCUCGAGGAUAAGGGAGGAGCCGUUCCUGGCAGCAAUCCUCUUACCUACUGCAAAGCCGACCAUUCUUCCGAUAUCCUAAAGCUCGAUCACGUCAAUUUGACUCCUAAUCCUCCAACUGCGUAUGCACAAUCUGUGAGGUCUUGGGAAAUGGCAACAAAGGCUAAUUAGAUAAUAGUGGGAAUAAACUUACCAUCGAGGCGGUCGGUACACUAUCAAAGAAGUUAGAGAAGGGUGCAUAUGUUAUCUUGCAGGUCAAAUAUGGCUUGAUAAGACUUAUCAAUAUGCAGCAGGAUCUGUGCGAUCAGGUAUCCAACGUCGAUUUGGAUUGCCCGAUUGAUGAGGGAAAGAUCACGAUUACAAAGGAUGUUAACCUGCCAGAGCAGAUUCCUCCUGUAAGUCCCUAACGUGCCUUCUAUUUCCUUUUCUUCUCUGACUCGUAUAUUAGGGAACUUACACCGUCUUCGCCGAUGCGUAUUCCAAGGAUGGCAAGGAGCAUAUCAUUUGUUUAGAAGCGACUGUUACGUUUACUCGUUAGACAAACCCCGUACUAGGAUGGCGGCACAAUACUCUCAUAUUGUACUAAGGAUUUCGCAAAGAGCAGAGAUUUACACAUGGACUUGUUGAGAUAAUGGAUGAUGAGGAAGUUCUCUUUCUGGGGCACGCUGUACCUGGACAGAUAUCUCUGAUCCCGGAGCUUUUGAUUUGCGUUUUGGUGCGCUGUUUUACGAGAACUGAUUAUACGAGAAUAAACGAAUGCAUUAAUACGGGAACCGUUGUUUUGGCCCUCCAGUUAUCAAUUG